AUGUUUAACACUGAUAUAUCAAAUCUUUAUAUACAGGAAACAAGUUUCACAUAUUUUCAUUGGUCUUUAAUAUAUCAACUAAAACACGAUUAACUAAAACUUGAUGAUUUAGAGCCAAGCCUUGUUCACACACUUAUUUAUAACAUUCUACCGGGUGGAGAAACUAUUUUCCAUGCUUUGUGUGGAAAAAAAGAGUAAAUGCAAAAGCUUAUGGAAAUAUGUCAUACAUCAACAGACAUUAUAUUUCAUUUACCUUUAAUUCCAGAUUUUAAAGGUAAAACUCCUAUUCAUAAAUUGAUUGAGCAAAAUGACUUCAGAAGUAUCAAUAUGGUUUUAAGAUACUUGGCCUUUUAUGAAAUGGAUCAUCAUUCAAGAUUUUUUUUAAAGGAUGUCUACUUUAAAUUCUUAGAGAAAGAACUCCCUAACUUUUUAACUUAUCUGAAUUCAGUACUUAAAAGGACUCCAACAUUAGCUAAGAUUGAAAGAGGUUUACUUAAACAUAAUUAUCCUUAGGUUUUCCCAUCAAAAAUAUGGUAUAGAGACUAAGAGAUUAAUCAGGUUUUAUUCCACUAAAAUUUGUUAAAGGUUAGAACUCAUGUUAGAUUGGAUUUUAUUGACCUUCCAGGCAUUUACCAUUAUUAGGAUCCAAACUUCGAGAAAUUCAUCCAUUAAUUAGCAGAAACUAAAAACUUUGAAUACUUUACAAUACCCUCAAUCCAGAGUUUAAUUGAGUUCAAUUACAAAACUGUGCAGAGAUAUAUAAUUUAUGUUAUUAUCAUUCCUCACUUCAUUUUCCAUUUCAUAUUUGUUUGCUACAUGAAUUUGGUUUAUGAAUACAGGAAAGAUAAUGAAUCCUAUAUAGCAGCUAAUAUUGUUUUAUGUAUAAUAAUGGCUGUUUUUGCAUCAUAUUUUCUUUAUGGUGAACUUAGACAGCAAUUAAGUUAAGGUGUUCAUUAUCUUUAAAAUGUUUGGAAUUAUAUAGAUCUUUUGACUCCCAUUAGUGUGAUUACCUUUUUGAUACUUUAAUUCCUAGAUGAAAUGAAUAUUGAUAUCAAUUAAGAUUUUAUGAGAAGCAUAAUGGCUCUUGCAACUUUCUUUAUGUGGUUAAAGAUAUUUUAUGCAUUAAGAAUAUUUAGGAACACUGGAUAUAUGAUAAGAUCAAUAGUUGAAGUAAUCUAAGAUAUGGGUAUCUUUUUACUCAUACUAUUCCUCACUAUUAUAGCUUUUGGAGAUUCAUUUUUAAGAUUAUCUUCUGGCAAUGAAGAGGGAUUUAUUGACAAUUUUUUUAUGAGUAUUGUUUUUACAUACAGAAUGAUUUUGGGUGAUUUUGAGACAGAUAACUUUGGAAACGUUGCUCUGCCUUUGGCAAUAAUUUUCUGGUUUAUGUGUACUAUCCUUGAUAUGAUUGUAAUGCUUAAUCUUCUUAUUGCUAUAAUAUCUGCAACUUAUGAAAGAGUUGCUUCUAAUUCGGAAAAAGCAGCAUAUCAGGAAAUGGCAAAGUUAAUUUAUGAAAAUUAAUACUUGAUUCCCUAAUUUGUAAAGGAAAGUUAUGCUCCAAAAAAUCAAUACUUGAUUCAUGUUACUAAUCAACAAAAAGUUGUAGGUUAAAAUGACCAUCACAUUGCUCAUCAAAUCGAUAGAAAUAGUUACUAGAAUUAUGGAAGCAUUCUAAAUGAGAAAGAAGGAAAUAAGCAGACGGAGAUUCUGAUAAAGAUGACAGUUGGACAAUAUAUGCUGAGUAUGAAUUAAAAAGGAAAUGGAGUAUUUUGUGAUGGAAACAAGUUACAAAAGUGCUAAUCAGGAAUGAUUCCAUUAUAGAGUGAGCUUAGAAAUGAAGAAUCUGAUGUGAUAUAUCACUGCUAUAAGUGUCAAUUUGAUUACUGUGAUACUUGCUACAAUCAUUACGGACCUAAUUCACAUUAGCACUAAUUAGUUAGGACUACCUACAGAGAGAUUAAGAAAUAGACUUCUUAUCAUAAUGGAUGGCUAUGUGAUGCAAGAUUUUUCACACCUUGUGAAAACAAAGAGAAAUUUCUAACUGAUGAAAAGGAGAUCAUUUAUCAUGACGAGUACUGUGAUUUUAAUCUCUGCUCUUCAUGUGCCAUAAAUUAUUAUGCCUGA